AGACACGUCAGGCUCCGAUUAUCUUGCUUGGCAUGCCACGUGGGCUCCUCAUUGGAUCCUAUAAAUACCCCUCCAAGCCACGUCAAAAGGUCAUCCCGGAGAGCAGACGCGGAUUAAAGAACUUCUGGUUUGGUGCAAUUACAUUGGCGCUGUCUGUGGGAAUCCGAACUGAAAGCUUUCUAGUUGCUCUUUCAUCAUGGUUCACACUUGAUCCGUCCGAGCUGCUUCCACCUCAGGUCCCCACUAUGUUCCCUCUUGUUGAUCAUGUAGAAGGAGGAGAUGAAAACCAACCUCAUACCUCAGCUCACAAUUCAACUUCCACUGCCAACCAAGACGUAGUAGCAGCUCAGCUUGCUACCAUGCAACAACAGUUCGAUGUUUUUCAGUUGGUAUUGUCUCAACUUUUAACUAGAAACAAUCCUGGUGAUCCCCUUAUUAAUUUACUGAACCCUGCUCAACAACCCCUAGCUCCACAACAGAAUCCCCAACUAGUUCAGCAUGCUCCCGCUAUUAGUGAAUCUCAGGUAGUUGAACACCGAGGUGCUCCACCCCCACACCAUGCUACUGACUGCAUACCUCAUCCCCUGAACACCAACAUUACAUUGGAACCCUAUCCUGCUGGCUUCAAAAUACCACAACUGGAGACUUACGACGAGACAAAGGAUCCUGAUGAUCAUAUGCAUGCUUUCUACUCUUGCAUGCAAGCUCAGAACGCCUCUGACGCGUUGAUGUGCAAAAUCUUCCCCUCUACUCUCCGAGGUAAUGCCCGAACUUGGUAUUACAGUUUACCUCCAAGGUCAAUUAGCUCUUAUACAGAAAUGGCAUUUACCUUUGCCACUAAGUUUUCCAGUAGAAGGUUGAUUAGGAAAACUACUUCUGAGCUGAUGCGAGUUAAACAGAGGGAUGGAGAAUCUCUGAAAAACUAUAUGAGCAGGUUCAAUGAUGCAGUAUUGGAGGUCAGCUCCUUUGAUCAAGCUGUGGGAAUUGCAACUGUGAUCUCCGGUCUUAAACAUGACAGGUUCAAAGACAAUUUGAUCAAACAUGCUGCCACCACCUUUAGCGAGGUGAACAAUAGGUCUCUGAAAUUUAUAAUCGCUGAAGAGUAUACCCUGGCGCAGAAUCCGAUUCCUUCUAAGAACCAGAACCCAGAAUGGAGAGAUGACAAUUUGAGUCGAAAAAGGAUGAGGAUGGCGCAGAACCGAGGUCCGAUACCAACCUUCGCACCAAGAUUUGGAAGGCCGAACUCAACAUCCCCGCAACAAUCUGCAGGUAAACCUCCAGUUAAUUGGACUCCCUUUAAUCUGCCAAGGUCACAAAUUUUUAUGCAGAUCAAGAGUAAAAUGGAUUUAAGGCGUCCUGGCCCAAUGAAAACUACUGCUGCUAGCCGAGACCAUACCAGAUAUUGUGAUUUUCACCAGGAUCACGGCCAUACUACAGAGCAGUGGCCACAGCCUCAAGGAAGCCGUAACCCACCAAAUAGGCAAGGUGUGGGAUAUCAGCAAAACUCACCUCCGCUCCCACCACCAGCUAGAAUCAUACACAUGAUCACAGGAGGUUUGGAAGCAGGUGGACUGAGCUCUAAACAGCGAAAGCUGUAUGUCAGGGAAGUUAAGCAUCAGAACCGAGCUCAGAAACGGAAGUUUGACGAUGUUGAGUGGAAGAAUCAACCCAUUACUUUCACAUCUGUUGAUCUUGAUACAGUUGUUACACCCCACAAUGAUCCCCUGGUCACUUCUGUCAUGAUUAACAACUGUGAAGUACAGCGUGUCCUUGUCGACACUAGGAGUGCACCAGAUAUCAUGUAUUUCCACUGUUUCGAGAGUCUUGGGCUGGAUCCAGCAUUGUUGCAGAAAUACGAUGGUCCCAUCUAUGGUUUUAACAACCAACUUGUUCCCGUAGAAGGAGUUCUUACCAUCCAUGUGGCUUUUGGUAGUGGCCGGACCUACGUAACCCCUUUAGUCUGGUUCCUCGUCGUCAAGAUGGCGUCCUCUUUCAACAUUGUUAUUGGCCGACCCACAUUGAUAGAAAUCCGAGCUGUGGAGGUGGCCAAACAUUGUUAUAUCACCUCUGUAACACAACCAACGAAGGGCAAAGAUCAGACACCCGAGGCCAUUCCCCACCAAAUUCCUGAUAAUCAACAAGUUAUAGGUGUAGAGAUCGUAGAUAAUCGACCGGAAGAUGAAACCAGGGCUACUCUGGUCAAAGAUGUUGAAGAAGUGCUCAUUGGUGACAGAGAUCCGAGCCGAAAGACACAGAUUGGAACUAGAUUGAACUCAGAGGAAAGAGCAGAGCUAAUAGCUUUUCUCCGAGCUAACAAUGAUGUAUUCACAUGGACUUCGGCAGAUAUGCCAGGAAUUCCAAAUUCAGCUAUUAAAGAAGAGGUAGAGAAACUUCUACAAGCUGGUUUCGUCAGGAAAGUUGAUUAUUGCGAAUGGGUGGCUAACCCAGUCCUGGUGAAGAAGGCAAACGGUAAAUGGCGAAUGUGCAUUGAUUACACAAAUCUUAACCAAGCCUGCCCCAAGGAUUGCUAUCCGAUGCCGAGCAUUGACAAAUUAGUUGAAGCAACUUCAGGGAAUGAGAGGUUAAGCCUCUUGGAUGCAUAUUCUGGGUAUCACCAGGUGCCGAUGGCUCCUGAAGAUGAAGAGAAAACCUUGUUCUAUGCUGGUGAUGAAAUCUAUUGCUAUGUCAUGAUGCCGUUUGGCUUAAAGAACGCUGGUGCUACUUAUCAGAAAAUGGUAACCAUUGUCUUCCGAGCUCAGAUCGGCAAGAAUCUGGAGGUGUAUGUUGAUGACAUCGUGGUAAAGAGCCUGAAAGUAGAAAACCAUCUAGCUUACCUCGACGAAACCUUCAACAACCUCAGAAAGAACAAGAUGCGGUUAAACCCAGCCAAAUGCAUCUUCAGAGUGGAGUCGGGAGAGUUUCUAGGUUUCAUGGUGUCCCGAAGAGGGAUUGAGGUCAAUCCAGAGAAGAUUAGAGCAAUUGUCGAGAUGGAAUCGCUGAAAUCAGUAAAAGACAUACAGAGGUUGACUGGAAGGGUGGCAGCUCUUCAUCGAUUUAUAUCGAAGUCAGCGGAUAAGUGUCUGCCAUUCUUCAAAAUUAUGAGGUCAGCCGCCCAGAAGGAUGAAUCAGGAAAACAGAAGAAAUUUGAAUGGAGUCAGGAAUGCCAAACUGCAUUCGACGAACUAAAGUCUUACCUUAGCUCACCACCUCUACUGAUUAAGGCUAUAAAUGGAGAGAUUCUUUAUUUGUAUCUAGGAAUUUCAGAUGAAGCCAUUAGUUUGGUUCUGAGAUCGGCCAUCCGAGCUCAAGCAUUAGUAGAUUUUAUUGUCGAAUGCACUCCAUGUCCCUCAACCUCUAAUCCAGAGCCCAACGAUUGGACCUUAUAUGUUGACGGGGCAUCUAGUAGCAAGGGUUCAGGAGCUGGCGCUCUCUUGAUUGGUCCAGAGGGUUAUCGAAGUGAGCAUGCUUUGAAAUUCAACUUUGACGCAACAAAUAACAUGGCUGAAUAUGAAGCUCUGCUACUUGGUCUACAGCUAGCAUUGGAGUUGAAAUUUAGUGCAAUUCAAGUAUACACCUUGGUGGCCGAGCUGAAAUGCAAAUUCCAGAAAUUCUGUCUGAGUAAAAUCCCCCGAGCUGAGAACGAACAAGCAGAUUCACUAUCCAAGUUUGCCUCUGAUAGCUCUUUAAGUUCCAGAUCCAUUUUUACUGAUUCAAUCGUCUCCUUUUUGCGCAAUGGGAUAGUACCUGAGGACAGGCAAGAGGCAAUGAAAUUGAGGAAGAAAGCAUCUUGGUAUACACUCGUUGAUGAGGUCCUGUAUAAGAGAUCUUUCUCACUUCCUCUUCUACAGUGUUUAAACCCUUACGAAGCUGUGUAUGCACUUCGGGAAGUACAUGAAGGUGUCUGCGGGAGCCACGUUGGUGCUAGAACUCUAGCUCACAAAGUCUUAAGGCAGGGAUAUUACUGGCCAAACAUGUAUAAAGAUGCCACUCACUUUGUUCAAAAAUGCCUAAAAUGCCCAUUCGUGAAAGGAGUUGGUGGUGUGACCCAUCUGGUUGUUGGUGUGGAUUAUUUCACAAAAUGGGUUGAAGCUCGGCCAUUAUCUAGUCUUACCUCCAAAAAGGUCGUAGACUUUGUUUUCAGCUCAAUCAUCUACAGAUAUGAGAUCCUGAAUCAGAUUGUGGCUGAUAAUGGAACUCAAUUCAAUUGUUCCUCGUUCCGAGAUUUCUGUUCCAGUUAUGGGAUCAAGUUACAGUUCACCUCUAUUUAUCAUCCAGAGUCCAAUGGCAUUGUUGAAUCUGUUAACAAAUGCAUUUUAGAAGGUAUAAAACCGAGAUUGGAACAGCAUAAGGCCAAAUGGGCAGACGAGCUCAACAACGUCCUUUGGGCAUACAGAACCAUGAGCCGAACUGCCACAGGUGAAACACCCUAUCAUCUCGCAUUCAGUACCGAAGCAGUCAUUCCUAUUGAAAUAGGAGUCCCAAGCUUCCAGGUCACCCAUUUCGAUGAAGGACGAAAUGGACAACUGCUUCGGGAAAACCUUGAUCUGCUUGCUGAAGUCAGAGAAGAAGCUCCGCUUUGGACUCUUGUAUAUAAGCAGAAACUAGCCAACUUCUAUAAUAAACGAGUUCGCCCUCGAACAUUCACAGUAGGAGACCUUGUUCUCAGAAAAGCUGGCCUAACAGGUUUUGAAACUCGUUUUGGCAAACUCGCCCCAAAUUGGGAAGGCACUUAUACCGUGGCCGAGGUGCCACAUCCUGGUGCCUAUGUCCUCCAAGACGCUGAAGGAAAAAGAGUUCCUAGAGUCUGGAAUGUCAAUAACUUGAAUAAAUUUUACCCCAAAUGAAAUUCUUUCAAGUGAUCUAUGUCUUAUUGUUCUUUAUGCUUCUCACUUCGUGUUUGUUGAGGUCAAUCAAUUCAUUUAUUCUUUGAACCUCACUUCUAUUAAUAAAUUUCAUUUCACAUA